UAGAGGUUUAGGAGACCUCAGGUUAGAUUGGCCACAAUUGUGCCAUUAGAAAGAAGCAAAUUAACUAACGUUAAUUUUCCUUUGAUAUCUUAUUUAAAAACACUGGUCGGGUUUGUUGACCCUUUGAACACUUGAUAGAGUUGAGACAAGAGAAGAAUAUUCAUCAGCCUCCUUGCUACUCAGUUUAUUUUUGUAGGCUCCAGCAUUAUAAUACUUGUUUUUCCCACUUUACAUGUAAAUAGCUUUCUUGUUUUUUUUUUUAAUUACUUUGCAGCUACAGAUUUGUCAAGAUGAAGGACCGACUCGCCCAGCUCAAGGAGACCAGUGAUGCUGGGGGCGAUGAUAUUGAGAUUCCUAUGGAAAAUGUAUCUUUCAUGGAUGAUUUCUUUGCCCAGAUCGAGGACAUCCGCUCCAGUAUCGAUAAGAUUGAUGAGAGUAUAACAGAAAUUAAAAAACUCUACUCAACAAUCUUGUCCGCCCCCACAUCUGACCAGAAAACUCAGGACGACCUGGAAGCAGUCACCAACACCAUCAAGAAGUCAGCCAACAAUGCCAGAAACAAACUUAAAAGCAUUGAACACCAGCUUGAGACCAACACGGAUGAGAGAGCCUCAGCUGACCUCAGGAUAAAGAAAUCACAGCAUGCCAUCCUGGCCAAGAAAUUUGUAGAGGUGAUGACGAAAUACAACGAGGCACAAGUCGACUUCAGAGACAAGAGUAAAGGACGGAUUGCCCGACAGCUGGAAAUCACUGGCAAAGCGACUACUGAUGAGGAACUAGAAGAGAUGCUCGAGGGAGGAAACUCCAAUGUCUUCUCUGCUGGGAUUAUGGAUUCCAAAAUCAACCAGCAGGCCUUAAAUGAGAUUGAGGCUCGGCACAAAGACAUCAUGAGGUUGGAGAGCAGCAUCAAGGAACUCCAUGACAUGUUUGUUGAUAUCGCCAUGUUGGUUGAGAACCAGGGUGGCAUGAUUGACAGAAUUGAGAGCAACAUGGACCAGUCCGUGGGUUUUGUAGAAAGAGCAGUGGCUGACACCAAAAAAGCUGCCAAGUUCCAGCAGGAGGCACGCAGGAAACAAAUGAUGAUCUUCUGUUGCUGUGUGAUACUGUGCUUAAUCCUCGGUUCAUUUUUGUACAGCUUUAUAAAAUAGAAACUGUGUUUACAUCCUUUGACUGGCGACGUCAAAACAAUAAAAGGAAAAUCAUCUAAACUGUAAUCUGAUAUUUUUACAUAAAAAAAAAGGUGAACAUCCUCUGCUUGGAUUUGACGCAGUGUAAUGAUGUUGCUUUCAUUGACUACAGUACACCCAUAUAUCUGCCACCAACUUAAAUGCACUGAAAAUAGUUGAAAAGUUGAUGUGUCACGCAUGACAAAGGUCUAAUACACCUACCGUAUUUCCUUGAAUAGCCGCCGGGGCGUUAACUAAUUUAAAACAUCUUCUCACAACCGCGCUCAUUCAAUGCAUGCGGUAAAAGUAAGCAGGCGCUAUUAAUUUUAAAACCUCUUCUCACCCCUGCACUCAUCAAUGGCAUGCAGCAAAUAAUUGAGUGUGAUAAAAGCAAAAAUUCAUAUAAAAUUAAUCUGCGGCCGCGGCCCGGUGGUUGGGGACCACUGCUCUACAACAUGUCUUUGCGCCCACCUUUGCACCAUGCUAUUUGCGUGCCAGUAGGACGCAUACAUUUCGCUGCUUCUCAUACGAGAUUGCAAUGCAUACUUGGUCAACAGCCAUACCAUUUACACUGAGGGUUGGGAUAUAACUCUUACUAAUAUGCGCCACACUCUGUGAA